CCUUUAUGUUUGAAUAGAGCUCCGGACCAUUUCACUCUCUCACCCUCUCUCUACUCCGCACUGUGUGUGAGCAGAUCGUUUUUCAAAUUCUCCCUUUCUUCGAUUCGAUCGUCAAAGGUGCUCUGUUGCGAUCGUCGUCGACCUUCUCUCUCAGUGGAAUCUCUCUCUUCGCUCUUCCAAGCUCAGUUCGUUUGUGGGUCUUCUGUGCAACAAGGUCGGCCCCACCAUUGCUUAGGGUGAUUAUCAUGAUUUGGAGUCCAAAUACUAGAGAGAGUCGUCGAGUAGGAGUCGCGUUAUGCAGCUUGACUUGUGUGUUGUUUAACUAUGGAAGGUGAAAGAACAAAUUCUACUCCUUCAGAAGUGCUUGGUGACAACAAUCAGAAAGCUCGAGCUCUCCAUGGGAGGACUAGUGGGCCUACGAGGCGUUCUACGAAGGGACAAUGGACACCUGAAGAGGAUGAGAUCUUGCGGAGGGCUGUUCAGCGUUUUAAAGGAAAGAAUUGGAAAAAAAUAGCGGAGUGUUUCAAGGAUCGGACUGAUGUGCAAUGCCUACAUAGAUGGCAGAAAGUCUUGAAUCCCGAACUGGUCAAAGGUCCGUGGUCUAAAGAGGAGGAUGAUGUUAUUAUUGAGUUGGUGAAAAAAUAUGGUCCAAAAAAGUGGUCCACUAUUGCACAGCAUUUACCUGGACGUAUUGGUAAGCAGUGUCGGGAAAGGUGGCAUAAUCAUCUUAAUCCUGGCAUAAACAAAGAGGCAUGGACACAGGAAGAGGAGUUGGCUCUGAUUCGUGCUCAUCAAAUGUAUGGGAACAAAUGGGCAGAGCUAACGAAGUUCUUGCCUGGAAGGACAGACAAUGCUAUAAAAAAUCACUGGAACAGUUCUGUGAAGAAGAAGUUGGAUUCUUACUUGAAAUCAGGUUUACUUACACAGUUUCAAGGAAUGCCUCAUGUUGGAAAUCAAAGCCAACACAUGAUGUCAUCUUCUUCAAGGAUGCAGAGCAGUGGAGAUGAUAGUGGUGCCAAAGGUGCAGAAGCCGAAGAAAUUUCAGAAUGCAGUCAAGAUUCAACCGUUGCUGGUCGCUCUGCACAAAUGGCCAAUGUGGUACCUCAUCCUAUAGAGGAAUUUCAGAAUAAUGAAGUAUCCCAUUUAGCAAAUGAUCCAAGCUUCAGUCCAGUAUCUUGUUCAGAACCAUAUUACCCAUCUAUAGGAGAUGCCAAUGUUUCCAUCCCAGAAAUACCUCCUGAAUUGGUUUGCUCCAAAUACCUGGAACAAAAUUUCUCACAUGAUGCUGGAGCUUCGAUGAGUGGGGAUUUCCAGUUAAAUUUGCAUGAGUUACCUAACAUUUCUUCACUAGAAUGCGGCCAGGAAUCAUUAAGGAUGCAUGGAGGGGUGGAGGCUCCGUUUCAAACUUCUACUUCCAUGGGGAACAUGGCCGUGGGUUCAGUUAAAUCAGAGCACAUGUUGAUAUCUGACGAUGAAUGCUGCAGGGUAUUAUUUUCAAUGAAUGAUGGGUGUUUUCCCUCUAGAGAUUUUACAGAUGAUUCAAAUAUGGUUGAUUUGGGUGCUUGCACAGAUUCAGUACUUCUACAACCAUCAAACCUCCAAAUAUCUGACCCUGGCAGAACUUCAGCUUCACAAUUAUAUCAUCCUCUGAAUUCUGGUGUAAUUGGAACUUCUUGCUCUCAAGUAGUUUCUGCUCAUGAAACUCCACUGAUAUAUGCUGGAGAACCUACUCAUUUAUUCAUAGUUCAAGAUCAAGAGUUUGUGACAAGUUCAAAUGAUGGAUUUAUCUAUACUAACGAGUCUGCCAGUUCUCCCUGCAAAUCCGAUCUGGUUAGUGAUUCUUCAAAACUAGUCCCUGUAAAUACAUUUGCUUUGGGAUUGGACGCGCAAACUUGUCCUGUGGAUGUGAGUUCAAAUGAGCAGACAGAACAGCAGGAUGCUGGCUCUCUAUGUUAUGAACCUCCUCGCUUUCCAAGCUUGGAUAUUCCAUUUUUUAGUUGUGAUCUUAUACAAUCUGGUAAUGACAUGCAGCAAGAAUAUAGCCCCCUCGGCAUUCGUCAGCUGAUGAUGUCUUCUAUGAAUUGCCUCACUCCAUAUAGGUUAUGGGAUUCACCCUCGCGUGAGGGAAGCCCUGAUGCCUUGCUAAAAAGUGCUGCUAAAACUUUUACAGGCACGCCAUCUAUUUUGAAGAAACGACACCGAGAUUUGUUGUCUCCAUUGUCGCCAUUGUCCGAUAGAAGAUUUGAUAAAAGGGUUGGGACUGACGUGACCUCCUGCUUGGCCAGAGAUUUUUCACGUCUAGAUGUUAUGUUUGAAGAUACAGAGAACAAAGAAGAUUCACUUUCUCCAUCAUCUGAUCAGAAAAGGAAUUCUGAUGCCUCUGUUGAAGAUAAAGAGAACAAGGGUACCUGUGAAAACAAAGUAGAAAAAGGGAUUGACAGCACCGCAAUGUCAGAUGAUGGAACUGCACAGAAAGAUGUUGAUGACGGUCAAUCCCAGGAAAAGAGAAAGCAGUUCCAACAAACUUCUGAUGUUGAUGCUGAGAGUAAGGUUGAUCUCGUCCCAACUACACAAAGUGCACAACCUUCUGGAGUUCUUGUUGAACGUAACACAAAUGAUCUGCUACUGAAUUCUCCUGAUGUAGUUGGUUGUAAAGCUGAAAAACCCUUCGGCUCAACUGCUAGAACUCCUAAAAGUCUCUUACGUAAAAGCUUUGAAGCCACCAACCCAGGAGUUCCUUCUAAAUCUUUCUCUGCAAGACAAUGCUCAUCUGUUAAAACCCCCACCAUAUGCAUAAAGAAGCAUGAAAGUCUUGCAGAUAAAUGCUUACAAUCUGGUUCUUCGUCAGUUCCCCCAGAGACAUCUGGUGAUAAUGCCGGCAAUGAUGUCAGUAUUGAAAGCAUGUUCGGUGGUACUCCUUUUAAGAGAAGUAUCGAAUCUCCUUCCGCAUGGAAAUCUCCUUGGUUCAUCAACUCCUUCGUCCCCGGCCCUAGUGUUGAUACUGAAAUUACAAUUGAGGAUAUAGGGUUUUUCAUGAGCCCAGGGGAUAGAAGCUAUGAUGCCAUUGGCCUGAUGAAACAGAUAAGUGAGCAGAGUGCUGCUGCCUAUGCCAAUGCCCAGGAGGUUUUGGGAAAUGAAACUCCUGAAAGUUUAUUCCAGGAAAGACAGAAAGACCGAGAUAUUGCGGGCCUCGAGAACAAGCAGGGGCUACCUAAUCAGCCGGGGAGUGCUUCUCUUUCGGGUUCCGAUGUUUUGGUGGAGCGUCGCACCCUCGACUUCAGCGAAUGCGGGACGCCGGGGAAGAAGGGAACAGAAAAUGUAAAGUCUGCGUCUAAUGCCAAAAGCUUCUCAAGUCCGACUUCUUAUUUGUUGAAGGGUUGCAGAUAAGUAGCCUCCUGUAAGAAGGUUGCCCUAGUUUUUUUAUUUGGGUCCUUAGAUUUUGUUAUCCAUAUAUGUAUGUAGUUCUGUCUCUCCUUUUUUAUUUAUUUAUUUUUCUUUUUAAUUUUUUGUUACAACGUCUGGAUCAAGUUAACUAAUUGGUUGAAAAAAAAAGAAAUUUGUUCAUGAGCUAUUCAAUGUGUCUUUGUAUU